AAUAACUUCAUCUUGGACUUCUUGGGAAACAGGUUAAACAUAGAGGAUGAUACAUAUGAUGCCACCUCCUGCUGUGGGGCAUUCUGUGAGGGUCAUGUGAAGUGUGACUGUCUGGAAGAACUUAUCAGAGUUGUCAAACCAGGUGGUUUUGUGUGUGUUGGGAUCCGGAAGUUCUUCCUCGAGACAGUAGAGGAGUAUCACAAGCUUGAGCUGCUCAUGGCUGACCUUCAGCGCAGGGGAUUGUGGGAGCCCAUCUCACGCACGGUUACCCAGGACUACUGCGAAGGCUACGAUGGAGUUGUUUGUUUUUUUAAAGUAAACUGAGGAGGGUACAGGUGCAGUUGCAUUCAUGACCAAACGGUUUGUCC